ACUCUGCCACCGAAGCCUCUUUACUGUCUCUCCCUCUAGUACAGUCGUACUAGACGCCGAGGAAAAGGCCUUUUGACAAAUAAGAGCUGAAUGAGGACCUCUCAGGGCACUUUUAUUGACACCACGUGGAACGGUUGACUUGAAAUCCAACCCAAUCCAUCCGAUUCGUGUCCUAACUUAUUGUUUCCCUUGACUCAUCUUCAAUCCGGAAAGAUGCGGGUUCUUGGGAUCUUCCUGGUUGUCUUCACAGUCUUUGGGACCUUGUUGCAAUUGAGCAUGGCCCACUCGGAUCAAUUGACCUUACCAAAGGCUCCAGUACCUCUAAAUGCCCAUAAUGUCAAUGCUCCGGCCAAGGCAGGCAAAGUGGAUCAGCGAUUGUUUAAAAAAGAAGCCGAACAUCCGGGGGAAACCAAUGCGGAAGUUAAAGUUCCUGUAGCAGAUUCGGUGGAACCCAAGCCCACCGAGGACAUUGGCGACUUGUUUGGGUCGUCAUCUGGAUUCAUUCAUGGAUUCAUUGCCACCUUGAGUGUGAUCAUUGUGUCAGAGUUAGGAGACAAGACCUUCUUCAUUGCGGCCAUCAUGGCCAUGCGGCAUUCCCGAACAACCGUGUUCAUUGGGGCCAUAUCAGCACUCACCGUGAUGCAUGUCAUGUCCAGCUUCUUUGGCUAUGCCAUCACCGUUAUUCCAAGGCUGUAUACCUACUACAUCUCUUCGUUCCUUUUUGCCGUGUUCGGUAUCAAAAUGCUCCGUGAAGGUUACAAAAUGUCGCCGAAUGAGGCUCAAGAGGAGUUCGAUGAAGUACAAGAAGAUCUCCGAAAGCGCGAGAUGAGCGACAAUGGCGACGUUGAGGCCGGAUCGGCGAGUAACCGUCGCAAGGAACCUAGUGUCAUUUCUUUCGUUUCCAAAAUCUUGAUCCAAUCCUUCACCAUGACCUUCUUAGCUGAGUGGGGCGACCGUUCCCAACUAGCUACCAUAGUCCUUGCCGCUCGAGAAAAUGUGGCGGCUGUGGUGAUAGGGGGUGUCUUGGGACACGCCUUGUGUACGGGUCUGGCAGUGGUGGGUGGAAGAAUGAUUGCUCAACGUAUUUCAGUGCGGACUGUUACCAUUGUGGGUGGAGUUGUAUUUAUCCUUUUUGCCCUCACGGCUUUGGUCAUGGAUCCAAACGCUGUGUAGUAGAUAUUAAAUAUGUCGUAAAUGUUGAUAGUUUAAUUGCCAACCCUUUGAUUAAUCGUUCAAAAGAAAUCGAGAAGUGUUGGCGUGCUCUGGGAUCUCCCAAGUCAUCUCGCGAGUUCUGCUUAUUUAGUAUAUACCCGUGUUUCUGUGUUAAUACCGAGAUAAAAAAAUUACACGUGUUUCAAGGGA